UUGCAGAUCUCUAAACAUGAAGUCCACUAUGGCGUCGGCAGUUCCAUUGCUCAAGACCUUAGUUGUGUUUCUGAAGACAAGGAAAUCCAACAACCGCAGACUCAGUCUGAAGAUGUACCCAGUAAGCGGGCCCGUAUGCGACUGCAGUCGCUUAGCGGACGAAGACCUGGUGGUUCUCCACUGCUGAUCUCUGUUUUGACUUGUAUCCAACGGAUAAUGGAUCAGUUUGCACCGUUUGUUUCCCAAUUUCUACCAGAAGUUCUCGUUUUUUAUUGCCGCCUGAGCGCACGAUAUUCUGACACGCAAGAGGACGGUACUUCAACACCUGCUGCACCUAUGGAGAAGUCCCAAUAUAUGCAAAGCACGAAGACCAGUAUUCGACAAAGGCUCGGAUUCAUUCGCUCUGCACUCCUCAAAAUGGAAGUGCGAGUCAUACCGGAGUAUUUUGCGAAAGCCGUUACUGAUCUUAGCCAUGAAGAGAAGCCGCUAAUCAACCUGUUUUCACUGCUGGCCAACUAUUUUGAACAAAAGAAUCGCUUGGCAGUUACUCAUAGUAGAGAUGUCCUCCUGAAAGAUGUUUUCUUGAAAGGACUCGAAUUUCGUGCAUGUGAGAGGAAUGUUGAGCCUGCUAGAAAUGUAGAAAGGAGUGUCUUCAAGUCGUUGUUGGCAAUGGCUGAAGUCUUGACAGAGAACACCCUGCGCUCAGUGGUGAACGGUUUAAUAGAUUGGGCUGAACAGGGACUGAAACCAUCAGCAACCAUGGGUGAACGCAGCCGUCUCAUCACGGUUUAUUCGUUUGCGAACAGGUAA